CCACACACACGCGCGCACGGAGUAGCAGCAGAGGCUGACGCACGAGACCGUAAUUCUCCUUUUCUUGGAAACCCCCAUUUGCUAUUGUGCUCGUCCAAUCGCUGGAUGCCCUCGACUCAUUAAUCGUUUGACUUGACGUUUCACUAUACUGCUACUUCCUUCUGUCCAUUUCGCUCUCCUCCUGUGGGCACCGAGGGAUCGCAGUCUCGGCCAUGACUACACGUCCCAACACAGCGCAAAGGCAGCAUCACGGGAAAUGACUGCUUGGACUUUAGAUUGCGUUGAGGCACGAUCAAAAGACAAUCCAUCGGCUUUCUGUGUAAACGCAUCGCGACAUCGAUAGAUCAUGCAGGAAAAACUGACGGUCACCCAGGCUCCCACUUCAUCGAGGGCGUCGUCGUUUUUUAUCGAGAAUCUGCUGAGCAAGAGGCAGGAUGUAGAGGAGUCGAUGACCGAUAGAAGUCGAGGGGACAUCUCCACCGAAAGACAAAUAAACGCAUAUCACACCGACACAAGCGCCUCAGUGCCCGACGUCAACUCAUUAGCUCGGUCUCUAUACCGAGACUCGCUGUUGCAGUGGUACCGCGAAGGGACUGCGUUCAACUUUAGAGCUUUGGAAACACCACACAGUCCAAAAGGCAGUACAGGUUCACUAGAUCCAUGCUGCUCAAUAUCAACCAGCGACAGGGCUUCGCCAGCUGUGUCUGAGCCGAUAACUGAGGACAGCGACGAACCUGACAGGAAAACGGGCGACAGCAACCUCACGGAAGACGUGGAGGACGCGCAAAACGUUUCUGACGCACGUACAGAACAAGACGCUUCUUCUGACGCAACUUUCUCCAGGAAAAAGAAAACCCGAACCGUGUUCAGUCGCAGUCAGGUAUUUCAACUGGAGUCCACUUUCGAUGUGAAGCGCUACCUGAGCAGCUCAGAGAGGGCCGGUUUGGCAGCAUCUCUUCACCUGACAGAGACUCAGGUCAAAAUCUGGUUUCAAAACCGGAGGAAUAAAUGGAAGAGGCAGCUGGCGGCUGAUCUAGAGGCUGCACAAAUCCCAAACUCUGCCCAGCGGAUUGUCAGGGUCCCAAUUCUGUAUCAUGAAGGACCCACACCAGCACUGGGUUUCAGCUUAAACGGACAUCCCGUUUCUCAAACCGUGGGAAGCUUCUCCAGCCCCAUCAACUACCCUCUAUCGACGUUUGCUCACUCAAUGAGCAUGCUAAGAUCGCAGAUGACAGGACUGGUGUAAAGACUGACUUAUCAAACUGUAUGCUAAUAACACAAAAUCACCUCGUUUAUAUUAAUUGUGCAAUAACCUCCAACACCGCCGAAAAGGUUGUCUGCAUUCAAAGACAGUCCGCGGAGUCCAUAUUACACAAAGUAGCGAACCAUCUUUAUAUUUCGGUGCAUAAACCCCGACAAGAGUGCGUGCUCUUGCAUAGCAUAACCCGUAAUACAGUCAAGCAUGGCAAGGCCUCCAGGGCAGCGGAGGCCGAAGGUGAAUACUAUAUGUUUAAAUACACACUUAUUUUUGCAAAGUUUUGUAUUUAAAGUAACACAUUUUUCCAUCUUUGUCACUUUUUCACUUAAUGAAUAAAUAAAA